AUGGCUCGUUCCUCCUCGGGCUCCUCUGCAGCCUCCACAAUCAGCCUCGAAAAUGUGUCAAAAUCCUCAAAGUUCCAGCACAGUUCGACGGCCUCCAGCUCCAGCUCGUCGCUGCUGCGACUGGUGAGUGUAGGCGACUCCAGCGGCAGCUCAACCGCGGGCUCGGUGGGCUCCGACGCCAGCUGCAGCGACGACGACGUGCACAUCGAGGCCGUGACCCCCCAGCCGACCAACUGGGCGUCCAGCGACCGCUGCCGCUACAACCCCGUGCGCAGCGACGGCUGCACGGAGCCGCGGAGCUGCCGCGACUGCCUCAACAUCGACGUGGGGGAGGACGUCACGUGCAUGGUGAACCAGUACGGCCGCUGCGUGCAGAAGAACCCGGCGACGUACGUCAAGGCGCUGGACUUCCGGUACCAGGAGCCGUCCAACGACGGCAAGCAGUGCGACGACCAGAAGGUCCAGUUCCCCGCUGAUAAGGUGGACUAUUGCCCCUACGGAGACAAGAAGUGCAAGCAGUGCAAGGACUCGGUGUUCCAAGAUGUGAUGCAGGGCCGCAUCAACGGCUCGUUGACCAAGUUCUGCUAUGGGGAAGAGGGCUGCGUGUGCAUCGCAGUGUGUGAAGCUCCGAUCUGGAAGAGCACGGUCGGCCAGACAGUCUGCAAUGGCACGGUGGUGAACAAGGACUUUGAUAGCCAACACGCCAACACUUACGGCGGAUCCAAUGCAGCGGACGGACACGGAGGACAGCCGCUGACCAAUAUCCUACUGGAGGUCGUCGGUGCUAUUGCAGCAGUGGCGGUCGUUGUGGCGGCCGUGCAGUUCGCCCGCAAGCGGCGCAGGAUGAACAACGAUUCAUCAUCGUCGAGUGGAUCAAAUAGCAGUGGACAGGCUGGCAGCACGCAGGAAGGAGGGGAGGAUGGUGCUGCGCCUACGGACGGAUCUGUACCCAUGGCGGUUCCCGUGGCGCCACAGUUGAGUCUAUUCGGCUGGCAGGCCAUGAGAUCGGAGCUCAUUGAGCGCGAGCAAUUGCUGCUCGCAGGCGUCGAGGACUUCUCCAAUGUGCGCACGGGAUACCUGCAGCUGCUGGACGUGGACGCCUCGGCGCCUCCCCCAGAAGAGGACGAGAGCUCUGCACCCGUGCUGCUGGUCCCAUUGGCGGGUGCGUCCGCCCCGUCGUUCUCGCCCAGAGGCGUCGCUGCCUUCGCCUUAGCACCGUCGGCUCCGCCGGUGUCGCCCUCAGCCCCACCGGCUUCCCCCACCCUCCUCGAGGAAGAACUAUUGUGA